AACAAUCGAGCUGGACACAGUUCGCUCGGGUACCCAGUCCAAGUCAGGAAUAGCUGCCUCGCGCUGCGCGCCGUGCCCUUUUUCUCCCGCACGUAGUGUUUUUCGAUUGAAUUUUGUUUGUUUUUCCUUUUUUUAAACAUUUUUUGGUGACGAUUCUUACGACUUUUGCCGUGUGCUUCGGUGGUUUCUCUGCGUUCUGAACUGUAAAAUACUCUUUAAACUGGUGUGGUGUGAGUGAACAUUCUCUCCGCGUUUUCAAAUCCACGUGUCGGGCACUUUUUCCGUGAGAGUUUUCGCGAUCGGGUUGAAUGUAUUCCAGAGUUGGUGGUGUGUUUUUGGCCGGUAUUUUCACGGGAGGAAAACACGGUGUCGCGUGAAUCUGUGGCGUGUUUUGGACUAUGGAGGCGUGUGUUAUUUUAAGGCCCCAUUCCAUUGACGAAGAUCAAAUUGUUCCGGAUUGCGCUGCUGAGUUUAAUCUGUCAUCUUCCGUUAACGGCAGUUGUUCCGAUAUUGAUUCCUGGUUACAAAUGCAGACUGGUGAGCUGGAUGCAUACCUGUGCAAGCAGGAGUUCGAGCGGCUACAGAAACUAGAGGAGGAAUCAGCGAACUCGAGUAAUGACUUCGAUGUCAACAAACCCCGCAGAGAAUCCGCCUCCCAGAUCGACGAAUUUUUCGACGCACCUUCCGCACACCGGAACCUUCAUCAACUCAGUUACAUCUCAACGCGGAACAUGCAUUCUUUAAACCCCGAAGACGACGUCUUUUUAAAGCCUCCCUUAUGGGAGGACAUCACCUCAAGCAUACAAAAAUUAGACCCGGUGAACGCGGACAUGUUAGGCUCGUUAAGCAUCAAAAUGGAGCCAGCAGACGAGGUCACAUGUAACAACAAUAACAACAACCAUAGUAACCAUAAUAACAAUAACUCUAGUUUCUCGAAUAGCUCGAGUAGUAUAAAGGAAAGCAAUAGGAGUAGUAGUAGCAAUAGUAGUACGAAUUCGAGUGCGAAUUUCCCAUCUCACGUAGAAAUAACUAGUGCCAGUAUUAAGUCAGAAAAGUUACCGAUCCCAGAUCAAACCCCGCCAACCUCCUCAUCUCUAUACUUGUUAGCGCCGCAUCAGAUAGGCUAUCAACACCACCAAAGUAGUCACUAUCACCACCACCCACAAACGAAUUACAAGCUCUAUUCGAGUGCCUUGCCCCGGAUGGUCUACGCGCCUCCGCCCACGCCCCCCUCGUCGGACCCCGGAUCUCCAAGUAGUAACCUACCCCGAAGAACGCCACCCCCGCCGUACCCGCUUCCCUCGUCGAUCGUGCCCAGCGCCACCGUCGUCGCUACAGCUAGGACCACGCCAAAGUACAAUAGGAGGAACAACCCCGAGUUGGAGAAAAGGCGCAUUCACCACUGUGAUUUCAUUGGAUGCAGUAAAGUCUAUACCAAAAGUUCUCAUCUGAAGGCACACCAACGAAUACAUACAGGAGAAAAACCUUAUCGAUGCCAGUGGCCAGAGUGCGAGUGGCGAUUUGCCAGAUCAGAUGAAUUAACUCGUCACUACAGGAAGCACACAGGGGCGAAACCGUUCAAGUGCGCCAUUUGCGAGCGCUCUUUUGCCCGCUCUGAUCAUCUUGCGCUCCACAUGAAGAGGCACCUACCCAAACAGCCCAAGUGAUCCACGGCUUGAAUAUUUCUCCUCAUUCUACCUGGUUCUAAUCAACAAAUUAUCUGGGAGAAACCCCGUUUUUAUAAUUUCAAUGUAACUCAAUUCUAAGACGAGAAACGCUAUACAAACAUUUACAAAAGCACUAUUCUUCGAAAUAAUUUUUUUUAGCAGAUACAGAUGGAUGACUUUUCCAAGGUACACCCUUAAAAAUAUCGGAGUGAAAUUCGGUGUAUAUCUCAUUCCGGAAUUUAUACAGCGCUUGAAGAGCUAAGCGUUACAAAUGGAAGGUGAUAUUUGCUUCGUAAGAGCGUGAAAUAGCAGUGAAAUUUUACAUAAAUUCAUGUCCUACAGAAAGAUUUGGUAAAUGAGAUACAUGUACUAUACAAGAAAACUAAAUUAGUACAAAAUGAUUUGUUUGUAUCAAUAUAUUAUAUGUGUAAAAACAUCAUUACGAAGACACCAAUUGUUGAAAGGUAACCCGAAGCUGCAGAGCAUAAUCAUUAAUUAAAAGAUAUUAUUUACAUUUGAGAAAAGAGGGACCCUCGCAGCCAUCAUUUUCCUUCACAACGCCGCACAAGCUGCUAACCCCUGGAAAAUUAAAAAGAGGGAAAGUAAAUUAAUGUCAGAAACUUUUGAGUUUGCAUAUUUUGAUCAAUCGUAUCUGAAGGAAACUGUAGGCAAAUUGUUUUGACAGACAAAAUAGGCUGAUUGAAUAAUAUUAAAAUUAAAUAGAGCAACGUGAUCUCAAUUAAUUGGAAGCUAACAAAAUGGGUACUGCAAAUUGUUAUCCAGAAGAUGAUAAUAGGUGAAUUUUAAGAGUGAUCAUUUCGAGCAAAGCAAUUUGCUGAAAAGUGACAGUAGAGUUCUCAUUGUAAAAAAAUCCUCGUGAAAUCUUGUAGACAAUAAGUACUAGAUUUCUGGCACCGUUAAUCCUGGAUCCGUUUACGGUUAGUAGCAGCGUGAUGGGUACAACUAGAAAUCUAGUACUAGCUGCUAGAUUUCUUGGGGAUUCAGUAUGAUUAGGAAUCUGGUAACCUCUCACGUUAUUUUUCCAUCUUUGUACCGUCAAUAUAAAUGAAAAAGUCCAGUCUUGAAUUGUAACAACAUAUUAAUUAAAAAUCAAAAUUUAAGUUUAGAAUUAAUGUAAGUCGUUGCUUUGUUUUUGAUCUAUGAUCGAUGCAUUGUUUUCUUUAUUUUUUAUGUAUACAUGCCCUUAUUCAUUUAAUGGGCUAAAGUUUUUAGGUAAAAGUUUUCUUUUUCCAGAGUGCCAUCACUUGCUGUUUCUUGAAUCAAAGUUUUAUUUUGUUUUAAAUACGCCUCGAUGCGCUACUUUGACCUUUUAAAUAACCAGUGAGAAUCAAACAAAACAUUGAAACAUGUUUUGAAACCCGUGAGACAUACCGUGCCAUUAAAUAGUGUCAAUAUUAUUGUUGUUUUUAUUGUUGAUCUCCUAAAAUUAAUCAGGAUGAUUAUUAAAAUAACUUUUAGUUGAAGUUUUGUUGUAUUUCAUAAAAUUUAAAAAGUGCCUGUUUAUUGCUAAAACGCUCUACUUCUGUGCAAAAUUACUUUUAUUACUGUUUCGAUAGAGCUCUUUCAAGCAUUUCAUAAUAUUUUAUGAUUAAGAUAAAUCAAGAAAAGGGAAAUAUGAAAGUCAUACAUUCAACCCCCUUGAAUUGAAAGAGAAUGAAUAAGUUCCUCUUAUUGGAAUUGGCCUUUUAUGCUGAACUUUUCUCCGUCUUUAAAAUUCAUUCCGGUUCUAUUAAACCGAGCACAGUACCUUCACCUUUGCAGUAAAUUCACAUCCUUCUCUUUAGCUCAUAUAUAAGAUUAUUUCAACUCAUUAAAAACAGUUUUAUGUAGAAUUAACGCUGGGACGAUGGACUCUGCUACGGACGUGUCCCAACUGACGAGAGUGAAAAAAAUAUGAAAGGGCAGGUAUAUAUUAUGUAAUGCUUGAAUGAGCCUGAAAAUGUUGCUGCUCCAAGUCUCUGUAUACAGCAUUGCUUAUAUUUUUUCCUACCGAUGUCUUAAGUGGAGAAAAACGUAUCAAAAUUGAAACAUCUUCUCUCCGCGUAAUUCGCAUCAAUCGAGAAAAUCGAUCAACAUCACUCAAUGAAACUCUGUUGAUUUAUUUCGUAUUAAAAAUGUCCUCAAAUAACUGUCGGUAAUUUUGUAGGUUGAUUGUAUUCCAAAAUGCCCAUGUACUGUUCAGUAAAAAGUUUUGAAACUACUUGCGGCUCUUUUUUCCGACUUACGACAUCGACCUAUGCAAGCAUAACGAUAUUUCGGAGGUUGUAAUAUAAAUGUAAAUAUUGAUCCCUUAUGUUUCUGGAUUCGAUGGUUGAAGUUUAUUGAUAUUUGAAGCUGUAUACAUGUGUCCAGUUUAUUUACUCUUGACCAGGAAAAAUUGCGUCUCAUUGAGAUCUUUUGAGCCAGAGAAUCUACAAAUUUUUGUUACAUACGUGUAUAAUAUUUAAUUUUAAAUAUUUAUUUUCAGCAUAGCUGAAGAGUAUUGUACUUAUUCUCAGAUUGAUUGUUGAGUUUCAGAUUUCUUUAUUUUAUCCAUGUUUCUCAUUUUAAAACCUAACAUAGUAAUACAAAAUCUGUAAAUUCAAAAAAUUGUAUAUUUGUGUACGUAUAUAUUACCAACUUUAAUGUAAAUCUGUCAUAAUUCAAGAGGAGGUCUGAAUAAUUAACGAAUCUAAAAAAGCAAUAAUGACGCAAAAUGAAUACUCGGUCAUUGAGAGCCUUCCAAUUAAAGGUGCUGGUUUUCAUGAAAAAAGAAACAUUUAAUACAUUUAAAAUGGCCCACCUGAGUAACCUUUUCCUUCGUUGAUAAAAGUUUUCAUCAAAAGAGAUUUUAUCUCAUAAGAAUCAAUAUUUGGUUUUAGAUUUGAAAAAUUCAUUUAUAUUGAAAGAUCCAGUAAAAACCACAUUAAGUGGCGUUUUUGGUUUCUAUAAAAAAAGUUGAAAGUUGAAAAGCUACAUAGAGUUUAAUGGACUGAAAAAAAAAAAUUAUUCGCACUCUUCUCCUUUCAAAAAAGCACUAUUCUUUUAACUUUACGAAACAUUUUUCACACUUCAAUUUUCCCAAAAAUGCCGCUUGACAUAUUUAUCAAGUGGGCCUUUGAAUCGAUUAUCUUAAGUAGAAGUCAUUAAACAAUAAUAGACUUCUUCUUGAGGAAUCAGUAUUCGGGGGACUUAAAACACUUCAUGUCUACGUCAUAUGCACUCAAAAUAUAAGGGUCUGAACACACACAAGAAGCCCCUCCCCUUCCUUUAUUUUCACAUGGACGACGGACGUGACGCAAAAUCUUUAUCAGGGAAAGAUUCAUAAAUUAGCCACAGAGAGGGAACAUAUUGGACUUUUUUGGCCAGUAGGCAUAACACCAAGACUCUAUAAUAGAGAUUAGAUAAUUUUAUGUCCAUAAUCAGACUUUAUAUCAAUUUUCACCUUGACGCCUUUCCAGAUUGGUAAAGGGCGUUUCUGAGCCAAAAAUAAGCAAAAUAUGAUAAUUUUUCCAAGAGUUUUAUUUUUAGGAUACGUGCCUUAUUAUUAAAUUCUGUUCGAACUGUAUUGUUAACUUCCUCACUUUCUAACGUCUUCCAUAAAUGUGAAUCCAAAUAAUAAUAAGAUAUUUGCAACAAUAUUUUUUUAUAUUCAUACAGUGUAUAGAACCAAAACAUUUCAGCUAUGUACUUACUUCAUAAGUUUAUUUUUAUAGUUCCUUCAAAACGAAAGAAAAAUCUCUUUACAACUUUAAUGUCUCUUUAGAUGUAACAAGAGGAACGCCACUAUUUGCUUUCUGAUUUCUUUCUAGGGUUAUUAUCGCAGACAAAAAUAUUCUUUUAAACAUAAUUGAAAAAAUGAGUCAUUUCCUUUUCCUGGAACCGGUAAAAAGGUAGAAUAGUUCUGCCUUGAAAUCUAACAUCAAAUUCAAACAUUGUGGAUGGUGCAGUAUUUUACUACCAACAACGAAUGUCUCAGAAAUGUAAAGUUCCUCAUUGCCCGGUAUAUAAUCUGCUCCGGUUUUCGUCCGUACAGGUAUUUCAACAUAUAGAAGGUAAAACUGAGUAAGAGGGGGGAUAGUUACCCUGUGUAGCCUGUCAAAAUUCCGAGAUGAAAUGCACGCCGUUUGAUGUUAGCAUUUAUGAGUCAAAGUCACAGCUAUCCGACUAUGGUACCUGACCUGUUUAUCGUCAGAGGAAAACUUCAUCGGCAAUUUUCCGAAGUUGACAAUUCCAGGCGGGGAAAAAAAUUAACAUCACCUGUGACUAUCCUCUAAUUUUUUUCGAGUAGAGGAUGAUUACUGGUAGCAAUUUUUAUUUUUUACUCUCAUUGUGUUCCUUAGGACUUGGAACAGUUCUAUGAAUUUCCCCCACUAGACUUUUAAGAUACUAGUAAUCACCAAUAGGAAUCGCUAGUUUUGACUAGCAAAACGUCCAUCGAUAGGUUUAGUAAAAGUUUUAUUGUUUCUCAUUCUAUGUGUGUUUUUUUUUUUUUUGUAUUUUUGUACCAAAAAUUACUAAACUAAAUCUCAGUAUUAAAUUAUUCCUUCAGAAAACUCACUAUACUCUUCGUGUGGAAAAUAAAGUAGAAGCAUUUCAGCAGAAAAAAAGAAAGAAAGAAAAA